UAAGCAUGCCAAUUCUUUCACAAGAUCAGUUACAGUGAGUCUAAUCAAACUGAGAAACAUUGACAGAAAUUCAUUACAGCUAUUUCAACCUCUGGUGCAUCUUGUCCAAAGUAUGAAGCUGUUUUCGGACAGAGAUUGUUUCUCCUCUUUCACCAUGUAAAAGAACGCCGGGCACAACAAACAACUGUCGCACUUCCCCGCAGAUGCACCGUAAACAGUUCUGUAUGAGAGAAAACUGAAGGUACUAUCAAUUAAUCACGUACGUACAAGAAUGUAGGUUUUGUAGAGUGACAUAUUCCAUGAUGUGAUGGUAUUUGAAGGACAUCAAACCGAUUCCAGUUAUGCAGCACAUUAGCUUUUGUUUGCAACAAGGAGGAGUUGUAUUAUAAUUUAAAGAACGAACCAUCUUGAGAGAGGUUGCUUUGCACCAACCAUCAUAUUCAACGAUCUUCACCAAGAAAGCAUUGACAGUUAGACAGACCAGAAUGUAACCCUCUCCCAGCGCAUGGAGAAGUUUCUAGAAUAGCUAAGGCGAAGAGUAUAAAUUCCUGAAGGUGGCAAUAAGCCAUUUAGUUGAGCUUGGGACGUGUGUAUGAAUCGAGGUGGUAUUGAAGUUGCUGCAGCUUGUGUGUGGGGUGAGCUUCAGCGUCCUCAUGGAAAUGGAAAGCACUUGCCCGAUCUGCGUCGAGCCUUACCCUGAAACAUGGGAGCCGAGCCUUUGGCUCCAGUGCUCGAAAUGUUUCCGCUCUGUGCACACGUCAUGUGUCGAAGAGAAGGGCUAUUUGAAGUUCAAGGUCGAUCCUGUCUUUUUCAUGUGUUUUGAUUGUUUACCGAAAGCCGCUUCGAAGGAGGAAGUGCGACCAUUUGUGCAUGCAGCUGCAGAAGGAGAACAUGUGUCUCAGAAGAAAACAAUGUCUGUGACUAGCCGCAUGAUUCUCUAUCGAACUGGACCGAGGUCACUACGCCCUGGAAAGGAGCAAGGUGGGAGCUGCUUAAAGAUGAUGAUACAAGGCAAGAAGUCGAUGAGCACCAAGCGAAGUAGUGACAGGAGUAUGGAACGUACAAACUACACCGACGCCCAAGCUCUGUCCGAUGAUCUUUCUGAUGUUCUAGCAUCAGUAUGGAAAGCAAGAAGGAGCAAGUGAAUUGAGAAAGAUCGAAGAGUGUGAGAAUGAUUCUCUUCUCUUGGACCUUAGAAAUUUCAUCUUCUUUGUGAACUUUUAAGCAAGAACCGUGGUGAAAGUGAGACUAUAAUGCAACGAAGAUGUUACUGUUGUUGCAGAAAUAUAGAAGUAAAUAUAUGUAUAAAGGCUCGUCCAAAACGAUAUGUGUCAUUGGUGAUAGUCGAUUCUAUAUGUUCGGGACUGGGUAUCUGUACAAAUUUUUCAGCAUCAAGAAUAGACAAUCAAUAAUUAUGCCCUGCAGUAAUCCACACAUUCUCUUCCAUUUUUUAAGGCCGAAGUCUCGUAAUUCUGCAACCCAACAACUGAAGAAUGUGUGGUGAUGCAAAAAGCUCAUAACAUUCAUGAUUUUUUCAACACGGAACUGGU